UUUUUUUUUUUGGAGAACAGUUUUGGAAGUUCUUGGAUUGAAUUGAAUUUAUUUUUUAUAUAUGUGUUUGGUAAUGUUUUUUAUUAUUAUUUUGAGAGUUGAGAUCUGAAGCGAUUUUUUUUUGAAAGAGGUUUUAUUAUUUUUAUUAUUGUUAUUAUUAUUAUAGUUUUAUUUUGAUUAAGAUUGGGGGAAAAAGAGAGCUUGCGACGUCGGCGAAAAAUUGAAAAAAAAGAGAGAUGAAGAAAAAAGAUGAUAAAGAACAAUACUAGAAUGAUAUAAAGAUCAGAAAAAAGAAAAUAUUUAUGUUUCUUUUGAUAAUUAAAAAAAAGGUGAAAGAUCCAUUAAAAAAUAUAUAUAUAUAUAUAUGACCUGUGUUUACCGAACGAUUUUGUUACCAUUAUAAUUUUUUUAAUAGAAAGCAAAAUAUUAAUAAAAAUAAGAAUAAAAAAAAUAUAUAUAAAAAAGUGUUUGUUUAAUAAUUAUUGUGGAUUAGUGUUUAUCUCAGUGAAGUACAGUCUCUAAAAUCAGACAAAAAGGAUUACGUAAACAACUCUGGAAGUGAACUUUGACCUGACCUGUGACCUGGGUGACGUACAUGUGGUGGUGACCUGUCGGCGCGGUCGGGCAGGUGAUCAAUUGCUUUCGUUGCAAAAACCUCACAGGAUAUUAUUAGAUGUUUUAAUGUAUUACGCUCUUGAUGCAACAAUCAAAAAAGUUGUUUGAGUGAGGCAUAAAGAAAACGGAAAUAAAGCCUUAUUUCAUAGAAUAUAUUUUUUGGAAAAGAACCCAGUGAAUCGAGAAUCAAAACAAAUAUCAAUACCCCCCCAUCCCCCCAUUCAAAAAUAAUCCUACUACCCCCUAUACCCACCCCUUAAAAAAAAACAAAAAAUCAAAAACAAUCCCUUUAGAAAAAAAUCCAAAACCAGAAAAAAAACACAGUCAAUCAAAUCGAAAACCAACUAACCAAAACAAGACAAACAAACCCCUCACUUUUACCCCACCCACCCACCACCCACCCCCAAAAGGAAAAAGAAAAAAAAAGCAUCCCCAAGGAAAAUACUCGACCCAACCUGGAACCGCUCAAAGCCAUAAACAUUUUCCCUUACGCCUAUAAUCCCCUGUGUGUGUCGCCGGCGAGCGUCCUACAGUACCCCGUCAUGGAGUCUUUGAGUCCUACGCCCACGGCAGCCGUGGCGAUCACCGAGGCCUCCACCGUCGACGCCCUCCACCAGGAGAGAAUGGAAUACAUAAGGCAGUUAGUGCAGGAGAAGGAGUCCUUAGCGAACAACCCCGGCUGCGACGUCGCCAGGAGACUGAUCGAACAAGAACUAGAGAGAGUGCAGAGUGGCAGACGAAGCGAGGAGAAACGCGCAGUCGAAGUGACCAAAGAAAAAUCUAUCAAGGUCACAGUCAAGGUGCUGGUGCCGACGAGGGAACACCCCAAGUUCAACUUCGUGGGCAAGCUCCUGGGGCCGAAGGGCAACUCGCUCAAACGCCUUCAGGAGGAGACGAUGACCAAGAUGGCGAUCCUGGGCCGCGGCUCCUUCAGGGACAAGGCGAAGGAGGAGGAAUUACGCAAGAACCCCGACCCUAAGUACGGCCACCUUCAGGAGGAUCUGCACGUGGAGGUCACCGCGCACGCCCCCCCUGCCGAGGCCUACGCCAGGAUCGCCUACGCCCUCACAGAGAUCCGCCGGUACCUGGUGCCGGACCACAACGACGAGAUCCGGCAGGAGCAGAUGCGCGAGAUGCAGAUCCUGAACGGGCGCCCCAGCAUCCCCGGCGCCGAAGGAACGGAGAACCACACAGAUUCCUCCGGCUCGCUCUCCCCUCCGAACUCCCUCUCCCCCCCUCCCCCCGGCCCCGUCAAGAUCCCCUCCGCCCACCAGAUGGCCGCCCAAGCUGCUGCUGCUGCCGCUACGCCCGUGGCGCCCGCGCUCCUCACCCACCCGGCCAUGAGGGGCCUCACGCGCGCCCAGAUGGGACUCCUCACCGCAGGCGCCCCUGUUCCAGGGAUGCCCGCCCCAGCUGUUCCCGGCGCCAUGAUUGGUAGGUUCCCCACCCUCCUGCCCCUCGGCUCCGUCACACCCAUGGCACACCCAACAGCUCGCAGGACCGCCUUAGACCUCCUGGGCAAGGCAAGGGACCCAAAUGGAGAUCCCAUUAUGCUGGCCACCGUUCCUUCUGGGCCUCUGAAUGCUACUCCCGUGAACCCUGUGACUCCGACAACCACCACCACCAUCACUACACCUACCUAUCUCGCACCUGAUCAGUACACAGGCUACAGCUUGACAGUUGGUAUGCCACUCUACGAGGAGUACGCAGAUAUGACCAGCAUCCAGACGGAGUAUGACGGAUCCACCACCAUCGUGAACGACUCAGAUAAGAAGGACGGUGGUUUGAAAGCAGGAGCACAGGUCGCGCGCGGACGUUUUCGCCACGAACCCUACCGCCGCCUGCCCGUGAACGUUCCAGCCUAAACGUUUGUCGGGGGUCACCUUACAAAGUACAUGUUUCGUGCUCUUAGCGUGUGUUGAAGCGGCUGGGCUGGGGAGAGCUAGCUGGUUGGUCGGCUCCGAGGAAGAGGAAGAGGAGGUGGUGCUGAGUUUGGUGUUGUGAGAUAUGGUGCGUCGAGAGGCGUUUUGUGUUUUUUUUUUUCGUUUUAUUUUUUUUGGAAGAGGAAGAGGAAGAAAUCAAGGAUAGAGUAGGUGGAGAAGGAGGAAGAUGAGAUGAAGAGAUGUGAGAGAGAGAGAGAGAAAAAAAGAAAGAAACUUGAGAUAAAAGAAAAUAUGUUUUUUUAAUGGAAAAAAAGAAGGAAAAAAAUAAUCUUUUGGCUUGUAGAAAACUGGAAGUGAUGCUUCAUUUUCCUUGGAGAAGAAGAAAAAAAAGAAGAAAAGUUGGAUAUAGAUGUUUGUGCCGCCAUUCUCACGAAAAUCAGUGGAUAAGAAGA